AUGUCUAAAAGCUCGCGUGUGAGGGUGGACGGUUUAACUGCCAAUGCAGCGGCACGGGAUGUGGAAGAUUUGCUGGGUUACUGUGGCAAGGUUGUAAACGUCGUCGUGAGCGACGAUCCGAAGGGCGUCACGGGCUGCUCUGCGGUGGUUGAGUUUGAAUAUGAGGGAAGUGUUGAGGUAGCGCAGUUACUUUCCGGAACCGUUUUCCAGGGGAACGAGGUGCGCAUCACACCAUUGAACGACGAAGCGACAAACCAGGGACGCCCGACAAGCCCAGGAUUAGACGCCACUCGCACAAGUGCAAGGAAAAAAAAGAGAUUUUUGCGUAAUGCAGUGGGAGUGGCAGAGAAAAUUCAGAAGUACCGCGUUAUAUCCAAUUGUCGUGAUAUUCUUGGCGGUUUGUGCCAACAUGUGAGGAACGCGGAUCAUGCUCUGAUCAUGGCCACCAUGCAAGCCCAAAAUUGUACGGAGGACAACAGAGUCGUUGGUGGUGAGGAAGCAACCACCGAGCAGUGGGAUUAUACAAACUCUCAGUCGCAAUGGGGGAAGAAACCGGAGUCGUGA